CGCCGACCAAACGCCCAUCAACUCGCCUUAUUUCGAUGUUCCUGUCCCCCCUCGUGGACCUGUUAGCACGGGCUCGCUUGCCCUUUGUUUUCUGCGACUAAUUUGUUUGCGUAUUCGACCGCACAACCUCCUUUGAUAUCGCGUUGUUUACAUCGUUAUGGCCUCUUCUGGCGCGAGGGCGCAGAAGCCCGUGGGCUCUGCAGGAUGGAUUUCGACAGAAAAGGAAAAUGUUAUGCAGUUGGUGGAUCAGGAAAUGGAAGAAGUGGAAUAUCCUGUUCGCCAUGAGAUGGAUUGGUUGAACGAGCACAUGGCAGAAGUCUUCUCCAGCAACCAAUUCAACUUCGCGGAGGUAUUUAAGACGCCCGGAAAAAUGCGAGGCAAAACUCCACGAACAAUUCGGAAACGAAACGUGGACGAGAAUCGCGUGCCUCUCAGCGAGAUCUUCUCGUCCGCUCACAAACAACUUGAAAACAAAGCCAAUGCUAGCCCGGCUGUCCAUCUUUCACCCGCUAAACCCACCGCUCUUACAACUACAUCAGCCGCCAAAAUUACAGGUGCCAAGAAUGCGACUGAAAAUGAGUCGCAUCCCCAGUAUCCGGAUCUGACUCAAAACCUCAACUCUUUCCCGCAAUACAAUACUGAUUCAGGAUACCACGGAAUGCAAGACGACGAGGAGGAGGAGGAAGAUGACGAUGUGGUUCUGACGCAAACACAACCUAACUCUCAAACAUCCACUCAGCCUCUGGAAAAUGAUACCGUGCCAAAAGUAUCACAGCAAAAUCGCUCAUCUAUCGAACGGCGUACGACUGGAAGCUCCUUCCAUUCGGCACAUGAAGAUAUGCAUCAGCGAGAAGAUAUUGCGGAGCCUAUGAAUAUUGACUCAGCACCCAAGGAUACACAAGUACAGCCCCCGAAGCCAGCAUUGAAACAAAAUAAGGAAGAGAAAGAAUCAGUGCCAACACCAGAGCCCGAGCCAGUUGCGGAACCAGAACCAGAGCCAGAAACCGUUGCUGAGCCCAAGCCCGAGAAGAAACAAGAACCAGCGCCAGAGCCUGAGCCUGUUGCCGAACCAGAACCAGAACCAGAACCCGUUGCCGAGCUCGAGUCUGAGCAAGAAUCAGAACCAGAGCCCGAAAAGGAACCCGAGAAAGAGCCAGAACUCAAAAGGGAGCCUGAAAAGCAACAAGAGGAAGAGGAAGAGUCCGAGCCAGAACAGGAGGAGCCAGCGGCAAACCCGAAAUCUUCUCCGGCCAAGACACCCACAAUCCAGCCCUCCCAGGCUCAGCAAGAAAAAGAUGCUGAGAAGGAAGAUACGGCUCUCGAUAUAUUGGAUGAUAUCGACUCACCUUCAGAUGACUUCACCCCAGAACGGCCCCCAGUCCGCAAGAGUAGUCUGACAUUCGCAUCGCUUCCUGCACGAGAGCCAUUGAUGAAGAAGAGCUUGGGUGGCUCGAGGAUUUCUAGGACAAGUCAUGUCGACCUUGCGAAGCUGAAUAGCACCGGGGGCUCCAACUACUUCGGCAGACAGACCGGAGGGCAUCGGACAACUCAAGCUGCCCUAGACGAUGAUGCAACACAUGAUGAUAAAAUGGUUGUCGAUGAGGACAAGCACGCCUCUCAUGAGGAAAGGGAUGCAGACACCAGAGCAAGCAAGCUACACAACAAAUCUUCCACCCAAAGACUGCAUGAGAAAAUUAGCAUGCUUGGCAAGCUUCAGCCAUCGCGACCUACCAAAUCAAUCCCGUCGGUGUCAGGCCUGUCCUCUACCCAAGUGACCUAUCCUGAACUUCCAUCCACCAAGGAAGACUCAAAACCAGAGCCGUCUAAUCAAAAGUCCCACGAAAUUUCGUCUAUGGAGCCCAUGGAAACCGGCGAUGACUGGAUCAAACCCUUGAACUCCCCUGCCAAGAGCCAGACUAUCGACAUCAUGGAGAAGCCUUCCACCACUGAGGCUAAACGAGCUUCAGAGAAAGAUAGUGCCUCCAUGAUCCGGAAACAGGCCAUUCAUGACCAUAUUGGCCGGUCAAGUGCAAACAAUGCCGCCGAGUCGGCCCGUGGAAAGUCUUCCACCCCGAAUUCCUCAUCUCCCCAACGUUUUGGUCAUCAGAAGAGCGUAUCUGUUCCCCAGAUACCUCCCGAGGAGUCUACCACUCCCGUAGGAUCUCCGGAGCGCUCGGAUGGUCCAUUGAGCGCAUCCAAGUUCAAGUUGCAAUCCAUCAUGAGAUCUGCAAAGGGCCUUUUCACAAGUACGGGCGGCGUUUCCGCAGUACCGAAAUUCCAACCAUCCUCGCCCGAUGCGUUGCAAUUUCAAAAUGACGACAGUCCCGAUACAAAUAAUAUUCGAAGCAAACGUGAACCCCAGCCAGCCCAGUUACUUAGCCCCCCAAGACAAGAAGGCCGUCGCACCAGGAGCUCCACAGAAAAGGAAUCACGAAAGCAAAGAGAGCUCGAAGACCGCCAGCGAGAAGAGGACCGCCACCGAGAAGAAGAGCGCCAGCGGGACGAGGAGCAGGCAGAGAAGGCUCGAGAGCAGGAAAAGCAAAAGGCCCUCCAGCUCAAGGCUACCCAAGAGAAGACAUCAGCGGAUCUCGAAGGUCGUGCUGCGGCAAGUCCAAAGAAAAUGUCACAGCCGCAAAAAUACUCAUCCAAGGAAACAGAGCCCAGCCAUGAAGUCGGCUCCAAAGCCUCUGUCUCGUCCGUUUCGCAACAGUCAAAACAGGCCGACCGUCGUCCAGUCAAGCCUAACCGUGAGGCCCUGCAGAAGCCAAAACCUCAGCCGGUGUCAAUCCGCGUUGGCAGUGCUCUUUCCCGACAGAUUCCGCUGGCAAGUGGCUCGGUAUCUUCAAAUGCCAAUGAUUCAAAUGCACCAGUUCCAACUCCAGCCUCCGCUUCAAAGCCACCAACACUCAAGAAGAAAGCAAGUAACACAUCCUUGCAUACUGCCUCUUCAAACGGCAGUAUGAAGAGCGCAGUGUCUGCUCAGUCGCAGCGAAAGGCCCAACUGGCAAACGAUAGGAAGAAGGAACAGGAAGAACGUGAUGCUCGCCGGAGGGAGGAGCAAAAACGUGAGCUGGAGCGUAAGCGAGCCGCCCAGCAACAAGAAGAGACUCGUCGUCAGGAGAUGCGGAGCCGCGCAGAAGCUGAGCGCCGUGAACGCGCCACUUCGGAGGAUCCCAAGAAGGCUGCACAGAUGCAGGCAAUUGAGAAGCGGAGAUUGGAAAAUGCCCGAAGACUCGAAAGACAAGGCAGUCAGCAACCUGCAAGUGAGCGGGGCUCAAUGCUUCAUCAGGACAAACCAGCUCAGCAGGUCAGGCCAGGUUCCAGAUUGGGCUCUGUGCAGCCUGCAUUCAGUAGAUCAAUUAACCAACCGCAGCCCAACCCUGCCAAACCACCUAAGAGAGGACUGGAUGACGAAACUAGCCACCGUCCUGUCACUUCAAAACCUAGUACUGUGAUGCCAUCCGGUGAUUCUAAGCGGAGGCGGACGGAGGAUGAACACAAUCCUGCGCCUUCCGUACGUCCCACAAUGGCACCACCAAUUCGACAGUCGAACAUUCGCAAGCCUUCUAUCUUCGGUCAUGGCCAGCCAUCUAUGUCACACCAGUCUGGAUCUUCGAUCUUCAAGACUACUCAACCACAGAGACCAGCUCACCCGAUGGACAUGUCAAAAUACGCAAGUGGCAAGAUUCCCUUCGCUGAGCCCAACCCCGCAUCGCAGCCACCCGUGCACAAAACGCCUGCUGCGAGCUCCUCACAAAAGGCCCAGGCCAAACCAUCGCCGAAGUAUCCCAGUGGAGAAAACAUUCAGCUUCCUGAAAUCGCAACUGAUAGCGAGGAUGAAGACUCAGAGGCAGAGAUGCUUCCUGUUCCCAAGUGGGCUCAGGCCAAGGAACUUGAGUCUCUCUUGAGGCAGCAGGAGGGAAUGGAGGUUGACUCUAUCUUUGGACCGAUUGCGCCAUUCUCACUGGAGGAUACCUUCAAGACAGACAAAAAGAUCAAGAAGUUCCGAGACCGAACCAGCAGCGCGAACUGGUCCGGUGCCGACGGACUGACACAAGAUGAGAUCCGGAAGGAUCUGGCCGACCGACAACGAAUGAGACUCAAUGGCGGAUGGACCUUCGGAAACUAACAUUCUUUUAUUCUCUUUUCCUAGGGAGCAUAUUGAUUUCUUGAUAUUUGUUUUAGUAGCGGCAAACUGGUUCAAUUGGGUGAUGGGCAUGACCGGUUAGGCGUUUUUACUGUGAUUCACCCGAAUAACUUUGGGAUUAUGUUGGAUUUAAGGUGCAUAUUAGUCGGCAUCACUUUUACUCUUAGUGCUACAUAGUAUAUGAUGUCUCGAUAAAGAUAAAGGCGAGAAUGUCAAUCAACCAUAUCAGUUGUCAUGC